CCUGGCAACACUGCCCCGCGGCGGUGUUAUUUUUCAGUCAUAUGUUACGAAGCAGCGUGCAAAGCGGAAUAGUGAAAAGACUGCGAAAUGAGGAAGGCACGGGCACGAAAAUAGUGUCCCGUAGCAUAACAACGUAUUUUGUUGUUGUUGUUAUUGAACAUCUCUACACACCUGCAUCAUUCGAAACGCAAGAUCCCACCCACCCCAAACUAGUUUCUAAACUCUUCCGCGUAUAAUAAGUGUUGAGGUGUUUUUGUGCGCGCUUCGUCAAAUCGUACCUGUACAAAGCCGGUGGCGGAGGGAGUGGCGUUGCGAUAGGGAUCGAGAAACCGGAAGUUUGUCUGCGUUUUAUCACACUCAACACACAACGGAGCUUCACACUACGGAGCAGCAGAAUGGUGAUAUCGGCGGAACAUGAGCGUAAUGGCAUCGCAGACUUCUUCACGCAGGUUGAUCCUGAAGUGCGCAAAGUUACGCUAGCGAUUGGGAACAUCAUCUCGAAGAACUCCAUCAAAGAGAUCACGUUGGAAAAGUCUUUAAACGUGAUGAUGGAACAUUGCCGUGAUGCUGGAACGUUGCUGGCUAAAAAUAUCGUUAAAACAGAGUACCUCAUCAAAUACCUGCAAAGCUACAGCAUUAACUUACCACAGGACAGUUCGAAGGCGAUGCUGAUCGAGCAUUGUCUGCAGCUCUGGCGACGCAAAUACGGCAGCUCCACGGACGCACCAUCGUACGUACCCUCAUCUCACGAUCUGCCGGGGCCAUCGUCCGCAUCGUACGCAUUUCCAUCGACAUCCGCCGAAUCGAGCUGUUCCAGCGGGACAACGCUUCAAAACCACAUCGAUAACUAUAACGCUUUGGCCGCGUCUUCUAAUGGUGUGUUUUUCAGCGAAAAUACCAACGGACCCGGUGAUACCGAGUCGGAUACGGAUCCACCCGGGCUCGAGCAGUACCCAGUGAAUCUGCUCGCACUCGACUACACCGUGUGGUUCUUUCUCAAGUGGAACCGCAACUCGCUCGAUGAAAGUGCGUUCUGGAACGAUGCCAACUGUACCGUAAUGCUGGAAAUCAGUGAAACGCAGCAAGGCACCGAACAGGUGUGCGGCCCACAGGACAUCAUCAAUCUGAUCCUAAGCCUGAAGUUCCAGUACAACUUUCAGCUAGUGCCGAACAUUAUGUUUGACGGGUGUCAGGGCCGCAUCAUGGAGUCGGGCGUGCUGGCCCUUUCGUGCGGCGUCGUGUACAACAAUCAGCCCGGUCCGGACAAUCGGUUCGUGUGUCUGGGGGAGUUUGAAACACUGAUCGGGCUGCGGCGUGAUCCGAUGGAGAACAACAAUUGGAAGAUACGGAUGCUGAAGCUGUACAUCCAGUACAAGAAGGUGGACAAUCUGCCCGCGCUGGCAAACAGUAAAAUGCUCAACAACUGUCUUAUGAUUCCGUUAACGAUGGACAUCGUCUAGCUGCUCUGCUCUGCUCCGGGCAAGCUUCACCUCUCAUGCUCAAUGACACAAUGUGCCUUAUCUGUGGGUUUUCGAGCCGGUUGGCGGCGGUUAGAUGAACACAAUGCGUGCAGUAUACGUGCAGUUGUCUAGUAGUGUUGGCUUAGUAGUAUUAGGUAAGGUUGUAAAAAUAGAACAAAAUUGGUCAACGGAACGAUGUAUUUUGGAAAACUUUUCCAGCUAUAGUUGCACGCACAUACUCUUGUCGUUAAAUUGUGAGAAGUUGUAAUAAAACGGAAAAGAGACUUUUUCACCAGCGUG